AUAGAAUCCAAGCCGUGAACCUGUGUUUCGUCAAGAAUCGUCCACGGUUUCUGCGAUGCGUCACCAGGGCUCCAUCUACCCCUCUUAAUCAAGUGCGCCCGCCACUUGAUCGAACCCGCCCUUGCAUUUUGUCCCCGCAGGGACUCAGAUCUGUCCAACACGCGGUGAUCUGGGAGACUACGGUCUGAUCCAUUAGACCACCAUGGCCGAAACUGCAACUCAAGGUCUUUUGGCCUUCUGGCACCUUUACCGUCUACCUCUCCUCAUCGCCCUCGCUACCGUUUUCGUUAUCGUGCGAGCUUACCGCAAGCUUCAGCCCAAGUCCAAGAUCGCUACCGCGUCCUCGAUCCCGUCGUCCCCUCGCAGUCAUUCUCCGGAGAAAAGUGAAAAGGUCGCCAGUCACGAUGAGAAGAUAACUGAAAAGGAAACCAACACUGAGGUCGUGGAGAAGGAGGUGCCAGCGAAGCCAGCAGGACCCAAGCGAGUCUCAGGAAAGAAGCCUUUGAAGGUCGCCAGCCGCCGUGGAGGAUCAGAUCAAGAAUCACCCGUCUCGUUUAUCCAACCCAUCGUCUUCUUCGCUUCGUUAACCGGAAACACCGAGAGAUACGCACAGGUUCUGUUAGAGGAUUUGCGUGCCGCCGCGCACGAUCAAGCCGAUCCCGAGAAUCGCGAACGCGGACUUCUGCCCCCUCAGAUCCAUGACCUGUCUUAUGUUGAUUUCGAUGACUUCUUCCUCAACACUCCCAAGGCCCCAUCGACCUCACCGGGAACGCGCUACGUUUACUGCAUAUUGGUCCCGACGUACAAUAUCGACACAAUCCUCAACACGUUCCUUGCCCACCUCGACGAAACUCACAAUGACUUUCGGAUUGACACUGCGCCUCUGGCGGGCCUGGCUGGCUAUUCUGUGUUCGGCUUCGGAGAUAAGGAAGGAUGGCCUACCGAAGAGGAGGGCUUCUGUUCGCAAGCUAAAGAAAUGGAUCGUUGGAUGGCGAAGCUCACUGGCAGGAAGAGGGCCUACCCGCUCGGGUUCGGUGACGUCAAGAAUGAUGCGGAAUCUUCUCUGAAAGAAUGGACCCUCGGUUUACAGGAUAUCCUUGGCGAGAUCGUCAGCAAUGGAGGCCUAGGUGAAGGAGUUGUCGGUAGUGGUGACCCGCUUGAGAGUGACGAGGAAGAGGAUCUGGACGACGAGGGCUCCUCUACGAAGGCCAGCGGUCGCAAACGGAACAAGGCUCAGGGUGUGGUCGAUCUAGAAGACAUCAAGUUCAGCUCCGAAAAUGGAUCCGGUGCCCCUAUCCCGGUGGACUUCACCACGGGAGGCAAGCCUUCUGCGCCCGAAACUGACAAGGAAAUGGUCCCGAAAACGUCUCCCACUUAUGCGUCCCUCACAAAGCAAGGCUACACGAUCGUUGGUUCGCACUCGGGUGUCAAGAUCUGUCGCUGGACCAAGUCUGCUCUGCGUGGUCGGGGGUCUUGCUACAAGUUCUCGUUCUACGGUAUCCGCUCGCACCUUUGCAUGGAGGCUACCCCUUCGCUUUCUUGCAGCAACAAAUGCAUCUUCUGCUGGCGCCAUGGCACUAACCCCGUCGGUACCACCUGGCGUUGGAAGGUGGAUGAUCCGGAGCUCAUCUUCAACGGCGUGAAGGAGGGUCACUACAAGAAGAUCAAGAUGAUGCGCGGUGUUCCUGGUGUGCGUGCUGAGCGAUUCGCAGAGGCCAUGCGGAUCCGCCACUGUGCCCUCAGCUUGGUCGGCGAGCCCAUCUUCUACCCUCACAUCAACCGGUUCCUGGAUAUGCUGCACAGCGAGCACAUCUCUAGUUUCCUUGUCUGCAAUGCGCAACAUCCCGAUCAACUUGAAACACUCCACCGUGUGACUCAGCUAUAUGUCUCUAUCGACGCAAGUAACCGCGAGAGCCUGCGCAAGAUCGAUCGGCCCCUGCACCGCGACUUCUGGGAGCGCUUCCAGCGUUGCCUUGAUAUCCUUCGUGAGAAGCGCCAUAUCCAGCGUACAGUUUUCCGCCUUACACUGGUCAAGGGUUUCAAUGUGGAUGAUGAAGUGCUUGGGUAUGCAGACUUGGUUGAGAAGGCACUGCCGUGCUUCAUUGAGAUCAAGGGAGUGACAUACUGCGGUACGAGCACGAGUGCAGGCGCUGGACUGACGAUGCAGAACGUUCCCUUCUGGGAGGAAGUUCAGCAGUUCGUCACAUCCCUGGACAAGGAAUUGGAGCGCCGUGGGCUGAAGUACGGCAUUGCUGCGGAACACGCCCACAGUUGUUGUGCACUGAUCGCCUCGGAACGUUUCCACGUCAAUGGCAAAUGGCACUCUCGGAUUGAUUACGAUAAGUUCUUCCGGCUAUUGGAGAAGGAGAAGGCCGAUGGCAUCUCGUUCACGCCAGAGGAUUACAUGAGGGAAACCGAAGACUGGGCCCUUUGGGGCAAUGGAGGCUUCGACCCGAAUGAUGAGCGUGUGUACAAGAAGGGGAAGAAGAAGACCAUCCAAGCUGCGGAAGAAGUCCAGGGUUCAUCUUGAGGUUGAUCUGGAGCCAAAGAUGCCGUAGCCAUGGAUUUUCUCUAUCCAUCGAUAGAAUUACAGCUCCAUGGUUGCUCUUAAUACCAUCGAGACCAACCGAUGAAUGAGCAAAAAUUCAACGUCAGCAGUUCCAGCGCAAAAAAAAAAGACUUGAUAC